AUGUUUAAGCUGGUGGUGGUCAUACUGUGCUUCGCCACGCUGCUGGUGUCGACCGGAAGUGCACUGACGAAGGACGAGUACGAGAUUAGUAUCAAGCACGGUUCGUUCGCCGUACACCAGCGGCAUGUGAACGGUCUGCGGAAGGGCGAGCCGCCCGGCCCGAAAGUGGUGGAGGGGCCGAACAGAGACAGUGUCCAGCGCAAGGAACAGUUCUAUCCGGGUGAAAGUGCGACCGUGGAGGGGGAGGGUGAAAAGAUCUCCAGCACCCUGGCGCAACCGACGCGCCCCAGUUUCGGUGCCAAAGUGUCCACUUCGAAGCCCAGCCCGAAGAGCAUCGACUUUGAGGCCGUGACCCCGGGGCUGGAAGAGGUGCCGCUACAGAACAGUGUCUUCACCAGCAGCCAGGGUUACGGUCAGGUGAGGGCUCAGGGACCCAGCACAUCCUACCAGUCGGUGGAACAUUACGGAGACGCCGACGUCGACGACGACGACGACUCCGAUGAGCGGAUCGCAAUCGUGCGACCGAUCAGUGCCGAGGACUUCUACAAAACGCCGCAGCUACGCACACCGAACACCGAACGGGGUCCUGUGCUGUUUCCGAACGAACCAACGACAACGAACCCAACAGCGACGACGACGUCGGCCAAUUCAGCCGGCAAGCUCCUCAAGCCGAUCGCCAACUCCAGUGCGGUGCAGGAAAGUGAAGAGAUCUAUCUGCUGCUGAAGUACGAAGCUCCUCGCAAGAAGCCUGCGGCAGGUGGUGCAUCGGGUGAUCGCCAGCAGAGUGUCCCGAGCGCUGGACCGCAAGUGGAACUCGAAUCGAGCAACGGUGAGCUGCGUCUGCAGGAUGGACGUAUCCGAACCGGCGGCGGUAGCUUCACCACCGUCGGUUACUUUGUGAGUGGCGAAGAAACGAGCACGGUUGGUCCGAUGCCUGGUACUUCGACCGUGGCUUCGUCGGAAGCAUCGCCAGAAGUGCCGCGUGGUCGCGGUAAACUGCGCAACAGCUACGGUGAACACCUGAACGGGGAUCUCAGUGACUUCGUGAACUCCAUCCGACCGAUCACGGAAAACUCCCAGGAUUCGAGCGGCGACCGUGGAUCUGACGAGCGAAAACGCGAAGAGAUUGACGCCAAUCUGGACAUUGCACAGAUGACGCGCAUUCUGGCCGGCCGACAGGGUGGCCUGACGAUACCGGAGUUUAACCUGCUGUUCCGGGACUAUCUGAAGAAGGACAUCACCGUGGACGAUCUGGAGGACUUUGUCAAGUACAACGGAGAGCAGGAGGGCACGGACGAGUCCCAGGACGCACCGACGGCCGAGCCGGACGCGACCAAAUCGUUCGACAUUCGGGCGGAGAAUGGGAAGAGCGUGGCCACCUCCGCGGGUACUCCGGCGAAACCGUCUGAGCAGCAACCGAAGGUGCAGGUGAACAAGGGGCCGGCCGGUGGAAAGGCCGGCCGUAAGGAUAAAGUCGUCAAGAUCGGGUACGGUGGAUCCAAGUCGUACCAGGGCGUGUACAAGUCUCAAAAGUUCCUCGAAAAGCUGAAAGCCGAACGCGCUCCGCUUCUGAGCGAAGGCGCCUGGAGUGGGGUCCACUUUCGGCAACAGCUACCGGUGCGCGAGAUCGGCCCGAUGGCGUACGUCGAUAAUCCGGUGUUCGGGUUUGCGGGAGCACGGCCACGGAUGGGCCCGAUGCGAGGAACGAUGGACCUGAAGCCAAUCCACCAAGCUGCCAACGGCGUUCACGGUGGCCAAAGCUACGUCAAGUUCCAAAAGAUUAGCUAA